GAGCCAUAAAGGGCCGCUCUUUACCUGUGCACUCAGGUCGAUCCGGUUGCCAGUCUGGUUUCAGUCUUUUCAGUCUGCCUUCCUGAGCACCGGAGGAUCCCUCUGAUUGGCUGCAGAAGGAAACGAGCUCUCUCAGCCCACCCACCGCUGAUUAUAGCUUGGGACUCUUUGCUGUCUCAGUUUCCUUCCUUGCAUUGAGUCUGGGACCUGGCCCCGGGGCUGAACGGCACACACAGAGCGCGCAUCAUGGCAGCUACGCACAGCGAGUACAGAGGCUACCUGCGAAACACCGUCGACAUGGAGGCAGGGCAGCACCGCUUCCAACCGGUGCAGAGCUCGGAGCCCACUCACCGGCCGCUCCUAUUCGGGACCCUCGCUGUUAUGGGAUUGCUUCAGGUGGCCUCCAGCGUGGCGAUCUUCUUACACCUGACAGGUUAUCUGCAAGAGGUAGAUUUGUCCAGAGCCCCACAUCGGCCCAUAGAGGAAGUACAGACGGAGCCGGUGCUGAACGCCCUGAGAGACACAAGGAAAAACAGACGCUGUAAAACUCCAAAAGAGAGCCUGCCAUCAGCUCAUUUACCAAUCAAAGUGCAUCAAGAGUACUCUAAGAAGGGUGAUGCGAAGGCCAUCACCAUUGACUGGGAAGAAAUGCAUGGAUACCGCCACAGGAUGGGCUACCAGAAGGGGAAACUGCUGGUGAUGGAGUCAGGCUUCUACUAUGUUUACGCAAAGACCUGUUUCCGUUACUACAAGUACGAGCCAGAGGACAGAAGUCAGGUUCCACCAGUGGAUGUUAGCAACACCCAGCUCAUCCAGUACGUCUACCAUGAGAGCAUCAAACAGAACAGCAAGGCUGUAGUGCUGAUGAAGUCAGGGAGCACCAUGCGCUGGAACAACACGACCUAUAACAUGUACUGUGCCCAGCAAGGCCGAGGGGUACGGCUGGACGAGGGAGAUGCCUUGUUCGUCAAUGUGUCCAAUGCUUGGAUGCUGGAUCCCGAGGGAGAAGGGACGUAUUUUGGGGCCAUAAAGUUGGGUAACUGAAAUUUAAACACAUGGGGAGCGGACAUGCUACUGAACAUUUGAUAUGCCAAAGAACCACUGUUAGUGAUUUAUAUUGUUGAUUUGUCAAAAAAGUUUGUUUUUAUUGUACAUGCCUUGUUGUUUUUGUGUUUUUUUUAAAGUUGUUCUUCACGUUGGAGUCCCUUAUGCGACAAACUAAUGGUAGGUAGUCUCCUUGCCUCUUAGCCCUCCCCGAAAAAAAGAGACACACAGCACUGGACUGUAUUUUUUUUUUUUUACUUUUUUGAAGUAUUGCGGUUUGUAUUGGGAAAUUUCAAUACAUUUCAGUUCAGAUUACAACAUUAAACUUCAACAUAGACAUGUGUUUAGGCACUAAUUAAACAAAUCCCAAGGAAGUAAGUUUGUUGGAAAGAAACACAGUGAGAAAGGAUUGAUCAAUGUUGAUUGUUGGAAAAGAAUGUAAAAAGAAGAACAUUGUAGCUGAUAGAGCAUCUGCUUGUACUCUGCAGAUUAUCACAGAAUAAAAAUAACAAAACUCCCCGGUCUGUCUCUGACCCCCUGCAGUGAAUGCACAAAUGUUUUCCUGAAAGGUUUUGUAAGCGUGAACAAGGCGAGCAAUGAGGCAUACUCACAGUAAGUAUUGUUUGAAACAGGCAGUUAGGCGGUGAUUUAAAUAUCACCCUCAAAAUCUCUAAGGCACUAUCGAAACGUAAUGCCAUGAAAAAUUCACUUAGACUCUGAUAUUGUGUUUUUUAAGCAACAAAAACAUUUUUAAAAGGUUGUGUGUGCUUAUCCAAUUUUCUGCCUUACUGAAAUCUAAUGAGUGGCCUUGCUUCUUGGAGGGCGACAAUUACGUGACAAUGUCAUUUGAAACAAUGUCCUUUUAAGGAGCAAAUUACAUCCAUUUGUUAUGUUAAUGUCAAUCAACAAGUGAUGCAGAUAGCUGGACUGUCUGACCAUAAAUGACACAAAUAGACUCUUGUCUUCUUUAACUAGAGGAGCCAAAUUGAGUUUGGUUCAUCUUUAACUUAAAUUUUGUUUUUCAUUUGGCUCUUCAGUGAGGUAAAUGGGAAUAUGCACUAAAUAUUUAUUUAUUAGCUAUAGAAGUACAGAGACAGGUCAUUGUUAAAGUGACCUCUCAGCUGUAAAAAUCAUUUAUAUUUUAUGUCUGUAUGACAUUCAUUACGCAGCACUUAAUAAAUAGUAGGAAAUAGUAGACAUGCUUUUUGUUAUUAAAACACAGGGGCUUCACUUUAAAUUCCAUAUUUAUGUAUCUUGAUUUUGACAAUUCUGUGUGCACUUGCUUAGCCAAAAGCAAUAUGGAUAUAUUGUUUCUUCUACAAGAUUGUAGCAUACCUGUAAGAUCUUCAUCUGAUUCGAUAGAUUUUUUUUUUUCCAUUCAGUGUUCUUUUUAUUUAUGUAUGUGUAUGUUUUAAUAAAAAAAACUACUUUUGUAA